AUGGCCGAGCCUGGACGAAACGCAAGUGAAUCAGGGAUUCACAAGAAGAAGCGACGGCGUAAGCACAAAACGCUGCGCAAGUCUCGGUCCGGGACAGAGACUCUUCAUGGUUUGUCUGCCGGGCAGACACAAGAGACAACAAUGGUCGUCGAGACGUUGAACGUCUUGACGCGGGCCAGUACUGGAUAUCAGUACGAGAGGAUGAAGUUGGAGAACCCUCCGACUUGUGCGUCGGAGUUGACCUCGCUUCCAGUCAUGAGCUGGAAGCGCUUCGCAAAGGAUCUGUACGAUGUACGCACCGAACAGCUAUGUAUUCUUUCGGAACGCGAAAGAAUGACAAGCGAAGCGGAAGAGUUGGGUCAACUCUUCGCUGGAAGCCCCACUGAGUGUGAUGAUACUCUCAGUGGCAAGACGAAGCAGGAACGCUUCAACGAGCAGAGUUGCACAGCUCUUGCGUCUGCGUCAAGCGCAAACGCAGCCUUCUCCGUGUGA